AUGGCGGGCGGCCAUUUUCGCAGGAAGUUCCGGCUGUGCGUCGCCACGUCCCUCCUUUUCCGUUCGUGUGAGGGACGGGGCGCCGCGUCACGCGGGGGCAGGUCCCGGAGUUCGCCGCGCGGCGCUUUCCGUUCCUCCUCGUUUUCCGUUCCUCCCGGCGGCCGUUGUGAAUGCUCCGCUAUGCGCUCCCUCGGAGGGUUCUUGCUGGUCCUGGGGGCGGCCACGGCGGCGCUUUACUUGCUGUCGGUGCGGCUGCCCGGAGAGCCGCGCGCGGGGAGCGGGUGAGUGGGACUCUUCCUCGGCGGCUUCGAGGCGGUUGCGGCUUGGCGGGGGCCCCGCUCGCGGAGCUGGGAUGCUGCGCUCUUCCCAGGGAGGAGGAGGAGAAGCGAGCCUCGGCUUCAUUAAUGCCUCAGCGGCGUCUUCUCUCUUCGGGAUUGUUGACUUGCACUCACUUGCCCCGAGAGCAGAAGGUCCUGGGUUUUUUGCUGAGGGCGCCUGCGACUGUGAUUGACAGCGAGCCUAAAAAUACACCGCCGCCGAAAUCCGAUGCUACCCUUCGCGUGUGCGGUGCUCGGAAAUGUGCUGCUGCAUGCUCUGAACUAAGUUUAGGUGUGUAGGAAGUUGUUAUGAAACAGCCUCGAGAUGUUCAAGUGGUCUCGGGUACCCGCUGAGCUGAAGGGAGUUGGUGCCCCCUUUCACCAUACAUUUAAAGCACGCACACACUAAUAAUCCUGGGAACUGUAGUUUGCUCCUCAUGGUACUGCAAAUCCCAGCACCCUUAACAAACUGCAGCUCCCAGGAUUAUUGUUUUUUCGAAUGUGGGGCGGGGGCAGGGAAAGAGGGAUGUGCUUUAAUUGUGCUUUAAAUGUAUGGUAUGUGUACACAGCUGUAAGUAAUGACUUGUGGACUUUGGAAGGCACUAUCCUCUUAUUCCAAAAUUGCUGACAGAUUGAUUGUAACAAAAGCAGUGGUGCAGUCGUAAGGUCAUUUGGACUCUAGACUUAAUAGUUGUAACUGGAGGCUCUUCAGAUGGUAGUGUGUUGUGACACAUCCUUCAGAAUCUAGCACCACUGAGCAUAAGUUGUGUUUCGGUUUUGUUUUUGAUGCUGUUUCAAGAAUGCUUGUCCCACAAUAAAUCUGUUAGUCUCUAAGGUAUCACAGCAUGUUAGAAUUUAUUCAGUAACAUACAGAACUACUCUUCAAUCAUACAUGCCUUGGUGCAUAUUUCAAAUGACUUCUUGCUGCUUGUUCAUCCAUCUAUGAACUUGCAGUGGCAAGCUCAGCCACAGAAUAGCAUUUAAUAAAGAGCACUCCACACUUCAGAUGUCUUGCUUCAGGCAACAUCUUGCUAUCUAAAAGUAAGAGUUGUAGAGGUCUUAAAGCAGAAAGGCUUGGGUCUUUCCAGAACAAUGACUAUAGCUUAGUGAGAAUUGAAUGAUCCUUAUGACUGACCUCUGUCAGUAGUUUUUAGGGGAUCAGCUUCUCAUUGUAGAGAAUAUCACUGAUUUUUCCCUCAUUUCCUUUUUACUUUAGGUUAUACACAUAUCAGGAAUUUGAAUAGCUGUUAAGUUUUAAACAGUUGUAAAACCAGCGGCCUGUCUUUGCCACAAAAUCAAAGCUAAGCAGUAGCCCACCAUACCCCACAGGUACCAGAAUUCACUGCAAUUCUUUUCUGCAAUUCCUAACUCAGCAAGUAUCUUGUAGUAAUUAAGGCUGUAUUUUUAAAAAUGUAAUCAACUGUUUGCUUCAGUAAAAUAUGUUGAAAUCUGAACAUGAUUGUUUUACAGUUUGAAUUUUCAUGAGAAACUAGCGAUAAGCAGAACUGAUGCAUUUCACAGACUGACAAAUCCUGAGCACUGUGGAAAAAAUACAGCCUAAAUUAUAACUCUCCUUCUGUGUUAGAUUUCACUUAAGAAGGAUUCUAGCUUUGAAUUGCUGCCUCUGAUGAAUCUCACCAAUGUAUACUGUACUAACAAUUUAAUACGUGGCUUGCUUUCUUAAUUGUCCAAAGUUUUAGUAACUAGCACCUUCCUUGCUUUGCUGAAAUGUUGCACCUUUAUGCUCUGUGUUAGCAUUAGGCCACAAGGUAAAGAUACUACACUUGUUUCUGCUUGAAAAGUUAAUUGCUGAGUUCUUGUUGCAACCAAGCAAUGAAUGAACGAAUGGCAUGAAUAACUGUGUGGUCACAGUUUAAGAGAGGGGCAUACUGUUAAUGCCAGAGCUAUGGCUGAUUGCAUGGACCUGAAGUAUGUUUACAGCCUACUAGAUUCUUGAAUUGCAGUAAAGUUGUGAGGUAGAGAAGUUUAUUAGGCUGACCUGCAGACAAGGAUUUAGUUCUUAGAACAAAGGAAGAAGAAAAGGAGCAAGGUGAUUACUAUCAAAGGGGAACCAUACGUUAGUAUUCAUGUUAGAAGCAUGCACAUAGACAGACUUCAGUUAAAAUACAGAUAAAAAGCUCAACAUUUAUUAAGUUUUAUAAUUUCUUAUCUCUCUCCUGAUUUUCCACCAGCAUGAGCAUGCACACUAAAUGAUAGUAUACUUUCAAUAUGUUUAUCACUGCUUGUUUUCAACACGCACUCCAUUGUCCUAUCUCUGAAAGACUGAGGAUGGAUGACUGGAUGUAUCUGAUUCUCUAUCCCUUCAGUAGUAAAGAGCCUUACCUAGAAGCCAACAGGAACUGACCCCACUGACCAGUGUCCCUUGUGGAGUCUUAAACUGGCCCAAAUGACUCUUUUUGAGUGAUGGAAACAAUGGGCCUCUGUUUCUGCCUAGUAUCCUGUCUUCUCUUGGGGAAGGCAUUCCUUUGUACAUUUUCUUAUGAACUGAACCCACAGUUUCCUGAUGCUUCCUGAUUCUUAGUUCCCUCUUCCUGUAAACACCCACCCACACACCUGUGCCUACACAGUUGUGUGGUUGAAUUGUUAUUUUACUGCAUUCAUAGUGUGCAUGUGUUCUGAUGAGUGCUGAUUUAUGCUAUUAUUCUAUCUCAGGCAUAUCCAGCUAUAGGUUUGUUGUUCUUGCCUGGUUCGCAUAACACUGUACUAUAGGCUACAGUAUUCUGUAACCGCCUGCUGACCAAUUCUUCCCUCUUCUCCCAUCCUAUUGGGGCUAAUGAUAUUUUAUAAUAUUCACAGUCUUAAGUAGAUUUAAGUGGUACAGAAAUAGAAUUUGUAGUUUCCAAAAGAAGUUGGGCAACCUGAGACCUGACGUGGCAGUUCCCUUACCACAUUCCAGAUGAUCAGGCACGUGUUGCAAGAAAGCAUAGUGCUGUUGCAACUUGGAUACUUAACUUUUUUAAUUGUCCUACAAAAGCACAUGUUGCAAUAAAUAUGUUAAUAUUUAAGAUGACAUGGUACUUCUUGCUUCAUUCCCCUUAUUUCAUAAUUUUCCACGUGUUUGUCCAUAGAAUGAAAACACCUUCAUUGGCAGCGUAUGUUCACAACUGAACUGAUUAUCCUCUUUAUUUAUCAGGUCACUAAAGUUUCCUUCAGACCUAGAGGAACUGCAAAAGCUUGCAGAGUUUCUACGGUACUACAAUAGAGAACACCAUACUUAUGUGCUGCUACUGUUCUGCAGUGCCUACCUAUACAAACAGUGCUUCGCCAUACCUGGCUCCAGUUUUCUGGUAUGUAUAAUACCUGCAAAGUUUCAAGAUUUUGGCUUUGCAGCAUGCUGCUGAAAACCCAUCUGGUCCUUCCCCCCACUUUCAGUGCCUUUGGAAGACUUGCCUAAUAACUCCUGGAAUGCUACUUAAAAGGAAAAGGACCCCUGACCAUUAGGUCCAGUUGUGGCCAACUCUGAGGUUGCGGCGCUCAUCUCGCUUUAUUGGCCGAGGGAGCCAGUGUACAGCUUCCGGGUCAUGUGGCCAGCAUGACUAAGCUGCUUCUAGCGAACCAGAGCAGCGCACGGAAACGCCGUUUACCUUCCUUACAGAGCGGUACCUAUUUAUCUACUUGCACUUUUUGGGGUGCUUUCAAACUGCUAGGUUGGCAGGAGCAGGGACUGAGCAACGGGAGCUCACCCCAUUGCGGGGAUUCGAACCACCGACCUUCUGAUCAGCAAGUCCUAGGCUCUGUGGUUUAACCCACAGCGCCACCCGUCAACUAGAGGCUAGAUUACACUCUUCCUAGGGCCUGGGCUACUCCAUUCACAUACAAAUCAUGUUGAAUUCUAUAUUUGUGGAAAUUCCCUUAGACUACCCACAGCAGAAUUCACUGAGAGCAGGCUUCCUCAAACUUGGCCCUCCAGAUGUUUUGGGACUACAAUUCCCAUCAUCCCUGACCACUGGUCCUGCUAACUAGGGAUCAUGGGAGUGGUAGGCCAAAAACAUCUGGAGGGCCGAGUUUGAGGAAACCUGACUGAGAGUGUUACUAUGCUCUUCAGAAGAAAUUGUCAGAGUUCAACAUGCAUUAUUAAUGCCUAAACUUUCCAACAACUGAGAUUGUCCUCGUGAAUAACUGAUUUUAAAACUAAGCUCAGUAACCAUCCAUGAAUGUCCCACCGUUCUCUGGCUUAUUGCUCAAAUACCAACUUCAAUGAAAAAAGGAUUAGUUAGCGAGAGGAGGCAGAAAACAAAAAAAAUAUAAUCAUAGGGUGUCAAUUUCCUUAAUUCUGAUAUUUUGACUUCAAGAAUCCAAUAAAUGUGCACCAUGUGUUUACAAAGUUAUCUAUUGAUGGUCAUAGCUUUAUCCCCACCAGAUUUUUUAUGAUGCUAACCUAUUUUAUGAUUGUGCACUUUUAAUUGUAUUUUAAAAUUUUAUCUGCAAGUCACCAAGAAAAUAAUGCUAUUGGAUAGCCUUAUAUAAAUAUAGCCAAUAAAAUACAUAAAUAAAUGCUAGAAUUCUGAAUCAACUAAUGACUAAGGAAAAUCAUUUUUUCAGUAUAUGAUUAUUUUAUGGAGUUCUCUGCAACAUGAGUUGAUGGCCAGAAACUUAGGUGGCUUUUAAAGGGAUAGACAUGAAUCUGUUAUUUAUUUUAAAAUAUAUAGUUUGAUAUAAUAAAAAAUCUCUAAUGAAAGGCUUGCAGAAAAACAGUAAAAAUACAAGAAUAGCAAUCAGUAAAAUUUCCUAAAAACUAGAUAAAAAUGAGAAUACAAAUAUAUUACAGACUAAAAAAUUAAGAGAGUCCAGGUAGCUUGGGUGUAGACCUAAGUUUUUAAGAGGUGUAUUAUUGUCUUCACCUCAUGAAUCAGAGGGAAGGCCUUCCAGAGUAUGUGUGCUGCAUUGUCACCAUGUAACAACCUGCUGAUCAGCCAGCAGGGUCUUCAUGAAAGAUUGGCUAGGCCUGCACUGCCAAAGGCAACCUACUAGGUAUCCUGAUCCCAAGUUGUUAAGAGUUUUUAAUGUCCACAUUAAAUGUUAUGUGUAAAAGUGAAUUUUCCACUGAGCAAAUCAGCAGCUGCCUGGUCACCCCACAUGUAUCGCAUUGCAGUAGUCUAAUCGAUAGUUAAGAAAGCUAAGUAGCACCUCCACCUACUGUGUAUCUAGCUUCCAGUUGCCAGGGAGGUAGCAUCAAUAUUUUGCCUUUCUGCUCUGUGGACUUCCUGGCUAGAAACACAGUGCCGGACUACACAGACCAUUGGUCUGAUCUAACAGAGCUGCUCUUGUUUCUAUGGUUCAUAUAGUCCUUCAUGCUUUCCCCACAGUUUAUUAUGGACUGGAUCACUGUCUAGUUUUGCUCUAACAGAACAUCCUUGCUGGGGCUCUCUUUGGACCAUGGAUGGGACUCCUGUUGUGUUCCGCCUUGACUUCUGUGGGUGCCACUUGCUGCUAUGGGCUGUCCAAUGUGUUUGGGAAAAAAUUUGUCACCUACUAUUUUCCUGAUAAGGUGGCCAUGCUUCAAAGGAAGGUAAGUCCCAAUCACCUAUAAUAUUUUAGUCAGUGCUUUGUGACUGGGUAGUGCAUUAUCAUAGAGUUGGAAGGGACCCUGAGGAUCAUCUAGUCCAACCCCCUGCAAUGCAAGAAUAUGCAGCUGUCCCAUAUGGGGAUUGAACCUGCAACCUUGACUUUAUCAGCAGCAUGUUCUAACCAACUGAGCUAUUCGUUAUCAAGUCUAGCUGUCAAGAAUCUGCAGCCAGUAUGUUACAAUACAAUAGCUGGAAUUAAUAGGAAACUCUUCUAGUGAAAUGUAUAAUUUAUAGCUCUUGCAAUAUCAUAAUUGCAUAUAGAAGGGGAUUCCAAGGCUACAUUCAUGCUACCUAUGUAGGCCUAACUACUGAAACAAAAAGGGUUUGCAGCAACCCUCUAGUGUAGACCAGGGGUAGUCAACCUUUUUUUACCUACCACCCACUAAUGCAUCUUUCUUGAUGGUAAAAUUUCCUUACCACCCACCAAUGCUCGAUGGAAGGAGGAUUCAGCUUGUGCCAUUGAACCCCCUAGCGCCCACCUGGAAUCCUGAAACCCCCUCUAGUGGGUGGUAGGGACCAGGUUGACAACCCCUACUUAUUCUCUACCCUUUUUAUUAUGCCAGUAUAGAAUGGUUAUAUAAUUUAUUCAUCAAACCAGGUUUAUUGGUGGUAAUAUCAGCUCCUUGAGUGCCUUGAAUAAGAAGCUAAUAUUUGUAUUACAAAAUUUGUGUGUGUGUGUGUCAAACACACAUUUUGACCAGAUCUUGUUUCUUUUUUGUCUAUGGCAGGUGGAAGAGAACAGAAAUUCCUUAUUUUUUUUCUUGUUGUUUCUGAGGCUGUUUCCCAUGACUCCAAACUGGUUUCUGAAUCUCACAUCUCCAAUCCUGAACAUCCCUGUUACUCAGUUCUUCUUCUCUGUAUUCAUAGGUAAGAUUAAAAGCACUCAAUUUGUCUUAGUACUACCUAAUAUACUCUCCUCCUCCCUCUUUUCCAUUUUAAGUGCAUGCUUGCUCAUUCCCUACCACUUCUAGCUUACCUUUAUUGUGUGGGUGUUCCAAUUUGAUGGACUAUUUUCUGGCAAUAGUGGAAAUUGCAAUGUGAUGAUAUUGGAGGUAUGCCCAUUUGUCUGGGAGCCCCUUGAAUGGCAUUUUAACUAAUGUCUGUUGAGCAUUACAAACCAUAGUGCAAAAAAAUAAUAGUUAUUUGAUUUUGAUUUGUAGAGAGAGAAAAAUACUUACUAUUUUUAUGGGCUUUUCUAUAUUUCUUGUCUCAGGGGGCACUAGGAAAAACUGGUAGAGUUUAUAAUCCUCCUUAAACACACACUCCCUUAAUGUGAAAAUUGAUGAUGUCCCUAAGGUAACAUUAAAGUACACCAGUUCUCUGUAAGGUACAUACUGAAAAACGUGCUUCUCAUAGAGUAGCUGAAGACAAUAUUUUGUGUAGCGCAGGCUCUUGUUGGAGGAGAUGACAAAUACCCUUUAAUUGUGCAAGCAAGAAACAUUUCCCAUCUUUCUUGAGCAGUGGAUAAUAUUCUUCAAGAUGCUUAGCCCAAAUCCCAAGUACUUUCUCUCUGCUGACCCUUCUUAGUUUUGUGUACGUAUUUUUUCCUUAUACAUUCCUAAAUGUGUUCUCCUUAGCAUUUGCACAUUCAAGCUCUUACCUUAUUCACAGGUCCAAGGCAAGUCUGAAAAAUGUGAAAGUUUUGCUUAUAUGAGUAUUCUCUUACUUCUGCAGGCCUCAUCCCGUAUAACUUCAUCUGCGUCCAGACUGGUUCAAUCCUUUCACAGAUCACCUCCCUUGAUGCUAUUUUCUCCUGGAGUACUCUGUUCAGGAUGUUGGCUAUAGCCAUGGUGGCAUUAAUUCCUGGGACCUUCAUUAAGAAAUUCAGUCAGAAGCAUCUCAACUUGGACAAAAAUAACCAGAGUGCCCAUUUCCUCAAUGGGAGAAAGAGUAGCUGAAUGGGCUGGGUUAGGACCAGAUAUUAUAGAAGUCUAUUUAUGGGAAAGGUGCAAUUCUUCCCCCCCCCCCAGCCCAUUUUGUUUUUACUGAACUUUAAAAUCCCUGGUGCAGGCUUGGGCAUCUCCUUUCAGUAACACAUAGACAGAAAACAAUUUCUGCUCUUACUGUGUGUGUUUUUUUAAAUAAUUAGACUUGCAAAACUCAUUUUUAAAAGGUGCUCGCAACUGUUCCAAUGUGUUCUGUAACAAGAAUGCUGUCACUGGAACAGUUUUAUGUCAUGUGGUUUUGCUACCACUGACGUAGAGGUUGUAAAUGAUAAUACCUACCUAGAAAUUUGAGGUUGGUUCCUACAUGACAGCAAAUUCAGGAAAAGAUCACAUACAAAGCACCCCUUACUGUUGGCAAUCGCAGUGCAUUCUAUGGGACACACGCUUGACUGGCUGAAAUACCAGCACCAACAAUUGAAUCCUAUUAUCUUCUCUAUUGAGGGAACCCAUCUUGAGUGAUUUUUCCUCCCUCUGCCUGCUUGGGAAUCCCAAAGAAGAAAACUAGGUUAAUGUAGGCUAUUGGAACUAUUGAGGCUUGAAGGACUGAUUUAUUGGUUUCCUUCCCUUGUAGGCUGGAGAAGUGGUGGUAAUGAAGUCCACAUACUGGCUUUGUUCUCAAAGCCUCAGUACCUUGGUUACUCUGGCAGCAGCAACUGUACUUACUGUAAAGGUAGAACGGGUUUAGUAGAAUUACGUCAGUGCUGUUGCUUUUGCAAAUCUAAGAGAUCUAGUUAAGGAUGGGUAGGGAGAUGAGAGAUGUCACUUCUACAUCUGCCUUUGUGGGGAGCUACCGAGGUGUAAAGUACUCCUACCAUCAUGUACUGACUGCUGAUGAAAUGAAGUAUCUUCCACUUUGUUGCAAUUCCCCAGGAGAGUGUACUAUGUAAAAUGGCUCCGGGAUAUCUCUUUGUUCAGGUUUUAUGUCUAUUUUAACCUCCCUAUCACUUUUUCUGUGCCUCCUGGAAAACCACAUUCUUUGCUUAUGCUGUAUUUUGUCUUCAUUGAAUAAUGGACAUGGUUGUGUCGCUAGUCCAUUAGAUAAUCCACUGCUUAAGGGGUGAGAAAACUUAUUUAUGAGUGAGGUCAUCCUUUUUCCUUUGCUUCUUAAGAGUAUACAAUCAGCCCAGAGAUGAAGCCCUAUCACUUCAUCUCAGUAUUCUGCACCCCACCCCCUUAGAAAGUAUUUGGUAGUGGUCAACAGCCACUAUUACAAAAACCUUUCAUCGAGUUACCUUUUUGACAAGGGUCUAAUUCUCACUGAAGUUGUAGAAUUGGAAGGGACCCCGAGGGUCAACUGUGAAGUUUUAACUGGGCAAAACCACUACUUCAGAAUGCAGGUAAAGAUGUGUGCUUUUAUGUUCUAUACAAAUACAAAUAAAAUCUCUUCAUAUAGAACACUAGGUGUUGGUACGGCAGCUAACCUUGAACCCUUUUUUGCUGUUCGAUGUGACGAUCUGACCACCUCAAGUGUAAGUACUAGGCUAACGUUUCAGGAACUCCUGCAUGGAUCAUUGGGUUUCUUGUGAAAAUUAUUAAUCUACCUUAUCUGUGCUGGAAGAGGUGGGUUUGUUAAACACUUUGCUAUCCUCCACUAAAGUAAUGGUAUUAUGCUAAACUUGUCAACAUUAAUGACAAGCUUCUCAGGAUGGUAUUAUAGUAUGUGCUAUAUGCUAGAGAGACCGUAAUAAACCCUGAUGUAACAAUUGUAGCAAUUUGGAACUGAGACAAGGGCAAAAGAAAAAUGUCUGACUUCAAUUAGCCUGUGCAAAAAUUAUGUCUUAAUCAAGUGCCUUACCUCCUGUGUGUGUGUUUACAUGGAAACUGUAUUAUCAGAUAAAUGUUGGUGAAAACGG